GCUGGAAGAGAUAUGAUGCAGUACUCUGUGUGACGUUCUGCAGCGUUGAGGGUUUAUUUGUAGCCUGAGUGUGACUCGGUUACAGAAAAUGUAUUCUUCAGAAAAGUGGCAGGUGCACAGUCAUUUAUUGCUUUUCAUCAAACCUUAUGGAAUAUAUUGUCCCAUAUUUAUAUUCAGGUUUUGGCAUAUCAUAUUUGAGGAGUUACCUAGAUAGUGGCUUAAAACUAGAAGCAACCGAGUCAAACAGAUACAGGUUAUAAUGCAAAUUGUCUCCUCUCUGCCAUGACAAAUCAGGCUGGCCAUGUACACACUGACACCAUUCUUCCCAGGGGCAGUGCCCAAACCAAGAACAGGUUCAGGAGAGCGGCCACUGCAAUAAGGUUGGUCUAUGUUCUACAGGAGGAGGAAGAUCAGAUUCUUGACAUUCAGGUACUUGGAUUGUUUCUUCGGAAGUUCCUGUGCAGUUUAUUUAUCGUGAUGAUUGCAUGGAUUUUGGAGAGUUGGCAUAUGCAAGGGGGAGCUGUGAGGUAUUGGUUUGGAGAGUGGGUAUAUGCAAGGUUUACAUGGCAAUCCUUCCAUUCUGGCCUUCUCAUUGUCGGUUGA